UUGCUAUUGCGUUUCCACCACCGUAACCAUCUGCAUGCAAUAACACUACUCGAUGAAAUCGUUCGCUUGUCGCCGUCGCCGCCGCUGCCGUUAUUCGUGUGCUGAUAACGCAUUUGUGUUGCCUUCGUCGGGGCGACUGCUUGGUACUCUGGCGCGCUGGAAAAUACAUGUUCCCAAUUCAGUUCGUUGUUUUCCGCUGCGGUAUAGUUAUCGUGCUUUAGAAGUGUCGCGCUGAACGCACAAUAGAGCAGAGUGUAUUUUUGUUUGUCGCGCACAAACAGCGCGUGCAGUGGUGAAUUUAGUAAUAGGCGAGUGAGCGUCAAAGUGGCCAAAAACCAAGUUGGUCCCAUUCAUCCUUGCAGCAGCCGGGAAAUAAGAGGAGGUGGUGAUAAAAGAAGCGCGUCAGCAGCAGCGCACCAGCAGCAACACAUUGGCAGUGCAGCACCCGCCCCAUUCUACAGCAGCAGUAGCAGCAGCGCGUGCUCUUACUCUCUCACGCCAUACGGCAAACGGUGUGUUUUUUGUAACUGAUAUUUGUAUAUUCCUUUGUUAUUCUUGUGUGUGUUUGUGUUGGUGUGUGCGCGCGCGACACCCGAAAAGACCAGCAAAGCAGAAGCACAAUCGCCAACGAGUCAUCCCAUACAUACAUACCUCCAUAUUUACUUACAUAUCCACUACUCAUCCAGUCGAUACAUUUGCGUUUCAAAUUCGAUUUCAAUUCAGAUACGUCUCGUUACCGAUGCAGACGCGUUUCCGUUUUCCGCUACCACUGUGAUUGCCGCUACACACGCAUUCAGCUAAACGCGCUCCUCCACAACUAAAGUUAUUCAAUUCUUCAAAGUGAACGCGUAAAGCUCUUUGGCGAAUUAUUCAACGUUGAGCAACAAUCAGUGGGUGUCAGUGAGACAGUGCUGUGCUGUAAGAAUUGUGUAUUUGAAAACGUAUACCGCUUAGCUUAAUUACGCGAGCGGAUUAAAAUAUUAGAAGACUAAGCCAGUGCGAAUCCAACGAAGGCUAACUAGCGGCGUCAAGCAGAACUGUAUUCUUGGCAGUGUGCAGCACCUUUUUCCAUAUGUGCGCGUGCAUAUGUGUGAGUGUUUAUGUUUAUGCAUUCGAAACCUAAGCUUUUUAACGCGCUUAAUCACUACGUAAGCACUGUGCUAAUAUUUUCAAAUUGAUUGCGCCGGCGGCAAAAACAAUAAUUUUUAGUGGAAUGAGAAGAAGCAGCAAAUCAAAUUAAGUAGUGACAUAUGCAUGUAUUUAAAAACAAAAGAAAAACAUUAUUUUCCCCAAAUAGUGGCAAAAACUUUCGAAAAAAUAUAAAAGUGACAAAAAAUGCAAAAAUCCACAUAGACCAAUAAAAUAAUUAACCCACAAAACUAUAAAAAGUGAUGCGCAUAGUACAAAUACAUAAAUCUGCAUUUGUAUUAAAUCAUCUUAAAAAAAUCGACGCGAAAAAAGCAUUCUUAUAGAUUUCAAACUCAAUAUUGCAUUGCUCCAGUCUGGUCGCACUCAUAAAUUUCCGAUUGUUUUCCGCAUUGCAGCGACGUCGCUCAAUUUGAUUUACGCGCUCCACAUACGACCCGUCGGCCAAUCGGCCCAUCGUCAGUGUGCAGUGGUAGUAAAUAAGUGAAACGAAUGAAAACUAUCCAAGUAUUUCUCACACAAAAAAGUUAAUGAAUUGAAAAGAUUUGGAAAUUUGUCAGACAAAUUGAUUCAUUACAAGUGGAUUAAACUUUAAAAGUUGUACGCCUUCUAAUCGCCGUAUAAAGAAGAUACCUCCCAGUUGUGACUCACGGCGCGAUCAUCGAUCGACUUAACGACCGCACGACGCAGUACACAGCGUCCGCGUCAGUGCCUGCAAAUCUUGCAUCAACGUUAGACUAUACCGGCCUCACCACGACGACUACAUUUUUGCAACACUUCAAGGACGUCGUUACGACGAAGUUCUCUGGCAGAGACCAUCAUCUGCCACCACUGCAUCCGCAUCCACAUCCGCAUCAGCAGACGGCCGCACUGCAUCACCAUCAGCCACAUCAGGCUGUCGCACAAAGCUUUUCCACAAUUUUUCCCACAUACUUAGGCAUGGACCGCGCCGGCGGCGGCGGUGGUGCUGUCGCUGUUGGCGGUGGUCUCGGCGUGGUACCGAAUUCGGCUGGCGCCGGAGGCAGUGCAUUAAACGGCCUCGAAGCGAUGUCGGCCGAAUCGACUGGACUUUGUCUGCAGGAUUUAGUAAACGCCGGAACUGCUGCUGGUGCUGGUUCUGCGGGCUCAGCAGAGAGUGCCAAUACGACAAGCACUGCGCUAAGCAGUGGCAGUACUGGUAGUUCAACGGUAAACGGCAGCUCGGGUUCCGGCACAGGUCAGGAUCAUUUGCACAAUCACCACAGUCUACAUGACUCCAAUUCGUCGGUUAGCAUUUCACCCGCCAUUUCGAGUCUUAUGCCGAUCGGUAGUCUUAGUCAUUUGCAUCAUUCAGCGGGUCAGGAUUUGGUCAGUGGGUAUCCACAGCAUCCACAUCAUAGUGUGGUGCCACCGCAUACGCCGAAGCAUGAGCCGCUCGAGAAACUAAGAAUUUGGGCCGAGACCGGCGAUUUUCGUGAUAGUCAUAGUUCCAUGACCGCUGUAGCAAAUAGUUUGGAUAGUACACAUUUGAAUAAUUUUCAAACAUCAUCAUCGUCAACGUUAUCGAACCGAAAUCGGGAUCGUAAGGAUGGUAAUCGUUCCGUCAAUGAGACCACAAUCAAAACCGAAAACAUAUCAAAUUCUGGUCAUGACGAACCGAUGACAACCACCACAGAUGAGCCGAAAAACGAUAAGAAAAACAAACGGCAACGCCGUCAGCGCACCCAUUUCACAUCGCAACAACUGCAGGAGCUGGAGCACACAUUCAGCCGCAAUCGCUAUCCGGAUAUGUCGACUCGCGAAGAGAUCGCCAUGUGGACAAAUUUGACCGAAGCUCGAGUUAGGGUGUGGUUCAAGAAUCGUCGCGCCAAGUGGCGUAAGCGCGAACGCAAUGCCAUGAAUGCGGCUGUUGCCGCCGCCGACUUCAAAUCUGGCUUCGGCUCACAGUUUAUGCAACCCUUCGCCGACGACUCGCUCUACUCGUCAUAUCCCUAUAAUAACUGGACAAAAGUGCCCUCGCCGUUGGGCACGAAACCCUUUCCGUGGCCGGUUAAUCCGCUCGGUUCCAUGGUGACCACCAAUCAUCAUCAGAAUUCGGUGAAUUGUUUUAAUACCGGCGCUAGCAGCAUACCUGUCAGCAUGAACAAUUCCAUGUUGCCGGGCACAAUGGGCUCCACGCUUACCAACACAAAUGUCGGUGCUGCACCAUGCCCCUACACCACGCCUACAAAUCCGUACAUGUACCGCGCCGCCGCCGAACCCUGCAUGACGUCGAGCAUGUCAUCGAGUAUCGCCACAUUACGCCUGAAGGCCAAACAGCACACGACUGGUUUUGCCAGUCCCUACUCGGCACCAUCGCCAGUGUCGCGCUCCAAUUCGGCGGGUCUGUCGGCAUGUCAGUACACUGGCGUGACUGAUGUUGUCUGAGAAAACGCCCUUGGGGCGCUACUCAAUCAACAUCAACACCAUUUACAUCACUUCUCCGCUAGUAGUGGUGCCGGGGUAUCCUCUCACUCACCCAAUAUAAACAACAAUUUACAUCAUUUGCAUAACAAUAAUAAUAAUAACAACAACAACUUGUUGAAUAACAACAACCUGCUGCUAGAUCAUAACGGUGAUCUGAGUGUGGGUGGUUUGGUGGGCAACGGUACCCACAGCAGCAAAUCGCCACUAGGACAUCAACACAGUGAUAUGGGGGAUGGCAACGGCGGUAAUGGUGGGACAAAUGGGCUGCUGGGGCCAAAUGUCAAUAGCGAUGGUGGCGAAGAGGUGGAAGAGGUGAUUGACUAAAGGUGACGAAUGUGAAUUAAAUAGGUUGAGUUAAUAUAACUCAAAAAAAAAAAAUACUAAGAACUUAAAGAAAAAAGCACAAUCCACAGCUCUCAAAAUAUUUGAAGCUUAAACGGAUUAAGUGCACAAAAAUUAUAAAAAAAUAUUUGUUAUUUGUAAAAUAUUGAUCAACUGAAGCCUAUUCAGACGAGUAGUUGUAAGUAAUUGAAUUAAUUGUAGUUAAAAUGAUGAACAUUUGUAUUUAAAAAGGAAGAAAAAUUAACUAAAAAUACCCAAAGAACAAUAACUAUUUUUAAAUUCAGCCACUGCGGUAACUUAUGUAUUUAAAUAUGUUAAGUAAGAACGCAAGGAUAAAUUAAAAGAAAAAUCUAGUUAUUUUUUAUUAUUACUAAACUAAAGAAAGCACAUAUUGAAAUUGUUUUGUAAAGUGAUUAUGCGAUUUUUUGUGUUAAGUUUUUCCAAAAAUUGUGUUGCUUUUACAGCAGAAAAAAUGUAAAUAAAAACACACAAAUGACUCUUCGCCCAAUAAAUUAUUUAAUAAAAUUGUUCAGAAUUAAAGAAUAAAAACUUAUCAGCGCAUUUAAGACACAUUUAAUAAAACAAAAUUUCGAAUAAGGAAUUUAAAGCAAAACACCUAAACAACUUCCUGGUCCGCAAAGAAAGAACACCAAAUUCAGAUAAGUAAAUAAAUUAAAACAUUCGAAAUGAAUAGUUUCCUUUUCUAACUACUUUGCUCACUUUCCUUCACUCAGAUUUUUUUUUUUUUCAAAAAGAAACGAAAUUAAAUAGUACUAAGAAAGUCGUGUAAUACCAUAAUCAAUCAAUUUAGCAAGCAUACAUAUGAAAAAAAUUAUUGUAAAUUAAAAAGUACUAUUAAAUAAAGUAAAUGCAAAUUCUAUCACUAACAGUUUUUAAGAAGUUGUCUAGUCGUGUAACUCAAACAAAAAAAUCUAUAUAUAAAUGAAGAACACAAACAGCUAAACGUAUAAUAAAAGUAAAUAAAUAUAAAUAUUAUAUAAUAAAUUUUAAGAAAAACAUCUGAA